AGUUCGCGCUGAAAGGCAUCCUCACCUUUUCCCCUUUAAGGAGUGCGAGGAGUGGGGGGGAAUCGGACAGAUGUAGAACACACGUGGUUUGCUGCUAGAACGGGGCUCCAGACGCGGGACUUCCUUUGGCUUUGACAUUUUUGUGGGUUUGUGAUUGUGGCAGGCGCAGCGUACUGGAAAGAAGACAUCAACAACCUAACACUAUAGCCACGGGUGCAUUUUACAGAGCUACACAAAAUAUUACGAAUACGUAACUUUCUCUCCCACGCACGCUACACAUUUUAUUCAACUAUGUAUGCAAAUAACGGAACAAUGACAUUCUAACGGGAGGUUCGGGAUGAACAAAUAGCCUAACGGAGCGGUUCGUGCGCAAUCAUUACAUUUUGAAGUUAGGGGAGCUGAACUUUUUGUGUACACGUUUAGUUUUCUGUUCUCCAAGCAACUGAUUCAAAUCUGCCCGGUUGGACGGAACUUUGAGAUGCGCUAAAAGUGACAUAGAGACUCUCAUCUCUUCUACACUCCUAACAUAUUUAUAUAACGCCAUGAAAGACGAUUUUGCAGACGAGGAGGAAGUACAGUCUUUUGGAUACAAGAGGUUCGGGAUCCAGGAGGGGACCCAGUGCACUAAGUGUAAGAAUGAGUGGGCGUUAAAGACCUCCAUAGCACUACUCUACGUGCUGUGCACUCUACUCACCAUCGCUGUGGCUGUCCUCGGUUAUAAAGUGGUGCAAAAGGUUGACAAUGUGUCCGAAGGUAUCGAGAGCUAUGGGGGGAAGAUCAUUGCUGUGGAAACAGACUUGAAAAAGCUAGAUGACCAGACUGGGGAGAAGUCGGAGAACACUACCACAGAGAUCCAGGCCUUUAAGAACAACAUCCGGGCUCUGCAGCGGCAGCUGUCUGAGGUGGCAGAGAGGAGCAGCAGUAACCGGGCGGCCCUGGGUCGUCUGCAGGAUUCUGGCCUGGACAUGCAGGGCAGCCAGGGCUCCAUACAGGGUCUGCUGGACGCCAACACGGCCACGCUGAGGUCUGUCAAUGGCACCCUACGGGCCUACGGCGGCACCAUGGAGGGUCUUCAGGAGGACACGGCUCGGCUGCAAACGGAGCUCCAGGUGCAGGUUCGGCAGCAGAGCCAGGCCCUGCUGAGCAUCGGGAAUCUUAACCUCACCCAGGCCCAACAGAGGGGCCUGAUCUCGGCUUUGCAGAGAUCUGUGGACGACACCAGCCAGGCCAUCCAGAAGAUCCGAAACGACUUCCAGAGCCUGGAGCAGACGGCCAGGCAGACGAAGUCGGACGCUGAUUGGCUGAAGGAGAAGGUGCAGAACCUCCAGGUGCUGGCCUCCAAUGCCUCUGCCCUGGCCAAGUCAAACAACGACAGCCUGGAGGACGUGGCAUCUCAGCUGGCCUCGCUGUCUGGACAGCUCCAGAACACCUCCAGCCUGGCAGAGAACCACGACCAGACUCUUAGGGAGAUCAUGGACCAGCAGCGCGACCACGACAACCUCACCUCCUCUAAGUUCGACCAGUUGGAGAUACGCCUGGACGAGUCAGAGGGGAGCAUCGACCGCGUGACUGGCAACAUCAGCUUUACUACCCAACUCCUGGGCGCCAUCAACCUGAACCUCAACGAGCUCCGCACCUGCGCUGAGACAGUGGGGCGCCACUCCGACUACCUGUCCGACUUGAAUGCCACUGUGUCGGACGUGAGGUCGGACACCACCACACUGAGGUCGCAGCAGGACGACCUGGUGGCCCGCCUGGACAAGGAGGUCACCAGCCUCUCCAUCAUCAUGGAGGAAAUGAAGCUGGUAGACAGCAAGCACUCACAGCUCAUCACCAACUUCACCAUCCUACAGGGUCCACCUGGUCCAAGAGGCCCGCGGGGAGACAAAGGACCCCAGGGAGGAGCCGGUCAGCCCGGUCAGAAAGGGGAGAAAGGGGAUACGGGUGGGCCUGGGGUGCAGGGGCUUCGUGGAGAGAAGGGAUCUCCAGGACCACCAGGAAUACAAGGGUUCAAAGGUCAGCCAGGCUCACGGGGGAACCCAGGUUCAAAGGGCUCCCGAGGGUCAGGGGGCAGGGCAGGACCCCCGGGGGCGAAUGGUGAGCCAGGCACUGCUGGGAUCCCUGGGAGAGAUGGACAGGCCGGUCCUCAGGGGCCACAAGGUCCGUCGGGAGACCGAGGACAGGUGGGGCCAGCUGGGGCACAGGGACCCAGGGGACCGGUGGGGCCCAUGGGGGCCCCAGGGCCACCUGGACUGCCAGGACUCACUGCCCGACCUGCAGCAGCAGCAGCAGUGCCUUUGGUCCCUUUCUCGAUGCAGAGUGAGGCCCCCGCUCCUACUGUGUCGGCCCCAGGUUGUCCUCAAGAGUGGGUUGGCUUCAGAGACAAAUGCUAUCACUUCUCCAAAGAGCUGCACAACUUUGACGAUGCAAAGAAAAGCUGUGAUGCCCAGACCGCGUCAAUGGUGAUCAUUAACGAUAACGAUGAACAGAAAUGGCUGCAAAAGCAGACCUCUGGAAAGGGUUACUUCUGGAUGGGUCUGACAGACAGGGAGGAGGAGAAUGCAUGGCGCUGGCUGGAUGGAACCGAACCUGCCUUCUCGCAGUGGAAGCCCGGACAGCCAGACAACUGGAGCCACGGGCACGAGAGAGGAGAGGACUGCGCCGGCCUCAUCCACGAGGGACUGUGGAAUGAUUUCUUCUGUGAAGAUCUCAUCAGCUACAUCUGCGAGAAAGCCACGGAGUUUCCCAAAAACUCCAGGAUUAUAGCACCCUCUGUGGAAGAAGAAGAAAAAGAAGAGGCCUGGUUGAGUCAGAGGCGGUAUGAUGUGCAGCAUUAGGCCCCACCCACAAGUGACACUAGCCAUCUGACACCCUAUGCAUGGACAUGCUAUGUGGAGAAAUACGAGGGACAAGCUUCACAAGCCUGAAUCGAGACUAUGGCUGCAUUCACUGAGAUUUCCCCCACUGGUAGCCAGAUUCAGCUCUCCUCCAACGUGAAUCCAGACCACUACUUCCAGAAUUUGCAUUCCAGCAACAUGACAAUCAAGUGUUGAGGGGAAGAUCAAUCGUUUUUUUUUUUUUUUUAAAUAAUCACCAAAGUAAUUGACUCAUAUAGAUUUGUCUCAUUUAAUUGUUUUUAAUGCUGUUUUUUUUGUGUGACGUUAGUCCAUUUAUAACUGAUUAUCUGAAUGUAUAUUUUCAUAUUGCAGUUUUUCAAUGUAGAUCAUUAUUUUACAAUGGGACUCACCACAGUGUCUUUCACAGUUGAUAGUCUAGUUCCUUCAUGAUUAUGUGAGGUGCAAAAUGAUGCACAAAUAAACCAAAGAAAUGUCGCUGAUAUGUCCUUUCUCAAACAUCAAGAACUGUCCAGCUAUAUAUAAGUAUGUUAUUAUACACAUUCAUCUAAAUAAAUGAAGUAUUUACACAUUAUAACAGUCAGAAAGUCUGCUUGGUUAUGAAGUCAAGACUGCACAAGUUUACAUGUUAGUAGUUCUGUAUGUAUGGUACUAUAUAUUUGCGUAUGGGGCCUGUAUGGUGUAUGAGUUUGUACUUUCCACAAUGUAACAAGUGACUAUGGUUAUGUUCCAGGCUGGCUUCAAUGCAGACAUUGCAUUGCAUCAACUAAUGGUUGCAUGCCACAUCAUCCUGUCCCUCUGGGAUUACGCAGGGAUAUCUGCGGGCAAAAAUGCUUGAUUUUGCUGCGGCAAUUCUGACAUUUUGCAUGCCAAUAUGCAAUGGGUUUGUCCUCCAAUUUGUCCCUGAAAUGCGGGGACGAGGGAAAAAGUUUGUUGACAUGUGGCUUGAUUGAACCAUAUUAUGAAGUAAAUGUACGGUGAUUGGUUGAAA